AUGGCUGCCCCGCCAGACGCCGCCCCCACGGUGGGCAAGCGCAACCCGCCGAUUAGCUCUCACACACUCCAUGAAAUUGUGACGGAGUAUCUGCAGUGUGCUGGGAUGCGGGAGGUGGUCGCUGAUAUGCGGCGCGAGGCGGAAGCCGCACGGGCCACUGCCCGCAGCGCAGAGACGCGUACACAAUCGACGUAUGAAAACGGCGCAACACUUUUGCCGUCCUCCGGCGCGUUGGAGUGGUGCCUCAGCCCCUCGGUGGCCACGAGAGUGGUGGUGCGUCAUCUGCUUUUGGACGGUGCCACGAAGCUUCAUGCACAGUUUCACUCGAUGGGACUGCCGGCACCCGACGCGGCGUUUCUGCUGUAUGCGUUGGACCCAAACGAAAAACACAUGUGGUCCGUGCAGGAUGACGUGGACGCCGUGUACGUUGGACGGCUGGAGAGGGGGGGGCAUGCGAUACCCGCGUUUGGAACGCUGCAUCAACUUAUAGAGGCAUUGACGCACGUCACUGUGCUGCCUCUCUCAACCCGCUCUGAAGAGAAGCUCUUGGCACAGGAGGAAUUCACACAUGCGUUUUUGCGGCAGCACCGCUACUUUGCGUCGUCGUCCACGGUACUCAUCAAGCUUAUAGAACGGUUUAUGGUGCCGCUGUCGGUGAAACUUGAGUUUGACAAUUUUGAGGCGCACGGCAUUAGCGUGCAUGCGCCGGGGACGUCUUUCUCCUCCAUCCUAACCACGUCAAGUGUGGGAGCCACACGCAACAGUGAGGCGGAAGCCGUGGAAGGACGAGCGGGCAGCUUCUCUCCCAGCGCCUCGCUUUGGUUGUGUGUCUGCCGCAGUAUACAAAUGCGUGUCAUGUCGGUGUUAACGCUUUGGCUGCGCGAAUACCCGCAGCAUUUCGAUGACACAAUGCGUCACAGCAUACACCUCUUUUUAGACGACUGUGCCUCGGUUCCUCAACUGUGGGGUGAUUGCCCUUCGCAGCUUCAAGGAAUGAUAGAAUUUGCGCGGAUCAGCAUUUCAGCGAGUGCUGCAGCCGCCACGCAACAUAAACGAGGCGGCACCACCACGGCACGGCAGCACCGGCUGUGUGAUGAGCCACCCACUUUGCCAUCACCCUCGACUACUUGCGGGACGGUGACCGAAGAAAAUCUCUUUGUGGGCAUGCAGGAGGGUCCGCCAUGUACUCUCUCACAGUGUGCCUUGUCCGACGCCGGUUCCGCAGACGAAUUUCUUACUGGGUGUUCGACAGGAAGUCUACAGGAUGUCGUCACACUCGCCCUUACGCUGUCGGUGGAGCAAUACGCCGUGGGACUCACAUCUCUUCAUUUGCGCCUGUUCAACAUGAUUCAGCCGGAACAUGUACUAGCAGUGGCCUACCGCUCCUUCGCCGCCUACCUGAGCUCUAGUGCCUUCCUCCUCGCACCUGUAGGCUUGUUUCUCGCCUCCUCGACGGAUCUUUCUUUGUGGACGGUAUCUGUUCUCCUGCACGCGGCGGCCCUUGACGGCCACCGAAUGCGGGGUGCGAGGCAUACGUCGUCCCCCGCCGCAAAUUUCGUGCAUCUUUACCAGCGACUCGUUGAACUUCUUGUUGCCCUCGUGCGCUUGAAUAAUUUGCAUGCGGCGGUUGCGGUGCACCGGGGCCUGCAGCACCCGAUCUUGCAGCGGGUAACGACGCAGCCACGCGUCGUCGCACUGCUUCCUGAAAGUACGCUGCAAAACGUUGCUCACCUCCAUGGGAUUCUCGGGGUGUGUGGCUCGGAGGAGGUGGCACGCGGGGAAGCGCUGGAAAGUUACAUGCGGGGCAUUGCGGACACUGACGUUCACCCACUCCUUCCGCCGCUUCAGCACUACCUGGGGAAAAUGACGCGGCUGAACCUCGAGAUGCCCUCCUUCCUCUCUCUUCGCACAGAUGAACUUUACCCCUCAACCAAGCCGAAGGAGAAGGCACGCGAUAUUGUUGUCAUCCACUGGAGGAAGUACAUGUUUCUCGACCGUAUGGUGUGCCAACUCAAGGCUUACCAGGUGGAGGCGCAACCCACACCACUGAAUACAGCGUUCGAGAACAACUUCAUGCAGCAGAAGAGAAAAAUAAUAUCUGACCACUGGAAGCUGGCUGGAAUGGCAAACAUAUUACUCUCCGCUCUCUAG